AUGCAGCUAGUACGUAUUCUACUUGGCGCAGCGACGCUUUGCGCUGGCGUUUCUGCGGCCCCUCGAUCAUACCUGGGCCUUUCACAGCGUCAACUCGACGCCAGUGAGCCUCAUGCCAGAGAGGCAUUCUCAAGUGUAAGUCACGAUUCGCAGCGUUCGAAGACCCUCAUCAAUUCAAAGCGCUGCAUUUCUCCAUUAGGAUGCAAUUCGCCAAAAUAACGCGAAAAUGGUCCACUCGAGCUAUACGGAGCUCAGACCAGCGAUCAUCAAAAGAGGUUCGCCCGAGCAGCAUCUUUUCGUCGAUAUUCCAGAGUAUCUGCAACAGCACGUCAUGGAGCACCUGCUGCCCAAGGUCCGCCAUCCCCCACGCAACGCUUCCGUAUCUCCCAGCUCAGGCAAAUUACAUCCACAAUCUGACAAUGGAGACCUUCAUCGCGCUUCCGCCUCGCCACGCUUCUCUCCAGGCUCUUCGAGCUCUCCCCACUCGACGUUCGAAACGAAACAUACUCCGCUCCAUACGCCGGCUGCCUCGCCGACAAGCUCUUCAGUUUCCGGUCCUCUGCUCAUUGACAAUCAUUCCUACGCACAUCAGGCGCUUUGGGAAGAUGUGACAUUCCCACAAGCCAGAAAUUCUUUCCCCGCACAUGGGACGCCGAGCCUCUUGCCUGACGUAGCCUCAACCAGAAGCAGCAGCGCCAAUACAGUCAACUCUGCCCCUUCAUACUCCAGCAUGCGGAGUGCGGUGCUUGGUCAUGGUCAUGCGUCGGACAGCGAUGAAGUGACGCGCCUACUACAUGGCCAUUCGAAAGCCCAGACCCCGUACGUGCAUGGUCUUCCGAACAUCCACUCACCCAAAUCACCAGAAUCAAAUCAUUCAUCCGGACACGCGGUGCGCAAUACGAAACCAAGCGAGGUGGAGCAUUCACCUGAUGCACAUCAGUCGAAUGGUCAAAGCUCUAUCGAGGCGCAUCAUGGAGGGGCCGUGCACGACCCAGGCGCGCAGCCAGAUCGAUACCAGACGCAGCACACAUCGCCUGCUCACGAGAUGUCCUCUUACUCUGCAAGCCCGACGAUUGCAGAAGCCCCGCCCAGAGCAGAGCACGAGCGUGCUGCAGCAUCCACACACCAUAUGCAGAUCGAACUACCAAACCAGAAGGGCAUACCGACGGUGAAGGCCCAAGCUGGUUCGCCCAUCCGCUCAGUGCCCUUGAGACUUAAAGGUAGGAACGCGUUCGUCAGAGUAUCGCAGCCGCAUGACUUUCAAAGUAAACAGACAUCGGCUCCGUACGAUCACAAGGCACCGUAUCACCUCGAAGCGAAGCUGCCACCGCCUUAUCGUGAUACGUCUACUUACGUAUCAGCUUCUGUAUCAUCUGGACAAAAGGCACACAAGGUGCCGGAUGAGCCACUUCGAAUUCUAUGGACGAAUCAGAGAAUGCCCAAGGAUACAUCGGCCUACACGGCAGCCUUGCAACAUCACAGGAAGUAUUUCAAACCCAAUAUGGCCACAUUUGAUGUGAGUUGCUCUGGGUAGUGUUUAUUUGCGCUUGCACUUGAGUUUCUGAAAGCCCUGCUCGUCCCUAUUUGUCAGGUCAUUCAAAAGUUCACCCGCACAAAUUCGGAGCCGACGCUGCAUGCUAUAGGGAUAGCGUAUGAAAAGAACAACAAGCCUAUUCUCGGCGGAGGCGUGACUUCCAUAGAGCAUCAUUAUGACGAGACUCGCCUGUACAUGGCACCGCAGACCAAGAUAAGCUUGCCACGUGGAGGAGAGCUUCAUUGGGAAGAUCCUGGUCCGAAGGCGAUUGUACGCCCAUCUGUCGCAGACCCCGAGUGCGCAAAGAAGAAAAGCCGGGGACAAAGCUCGACGGCGAGUGCGGAUCCAGAGCAAAGUCCAACUAAGAAACAAGCCUUUGGCACCGACGAUGAUCGGCUACGUCGAAGAGGCGCCCUCCUGUUCAGGCGCGAUACACCGACUGCUCAACGGGUACGUACGAAGCUUGACGAGUCUUGUGGACGUGGGCAAGCUCGAGAAGCGGAGUCAAUGUGCUGAGCUACGAGCGCGUCUAUGUAUUUCAGAAACUGAUAAGAAGGGCGGACGACCAUUCUUCUGAGUCGACGGGGAGCGAUCCAGCCGUUGAUGAGGCCAAGAAAUGGAAGUUCAAGCCACAAACGAAAGAUGAAGCUGCCAACAAAACGACCAAGCCGCUCAGAAAUUACGUGCUAGCUGCUAAAGAUGCCGAUACCAGUAGAACGGAGUCUGACGCGUCGCAAGAUCAAAAUCCAAGCACGACCAAGAAGACUGAGCAGACGCCUGCCUCGUUGGCUUCCUCGGGUUCAACUUCAGCCUCCUCAAAAGCUGGGCCAGGUCGUCGCUUAGCCCGAAAGCCAAAGGAUUUCUACAAGAGGUAUCCAGAAUACGCCAUGAACAGGGGCAUUCGAGGGUGGGCCGUCGAGAAACCAAGUCCGGUGCCGCCAAUAGAUCAUCUCCAGCUCGCUUCUCAACUACGAACGCCUACUGAGCCAGAGGAUAGACCCUCUGUGUCUGUUAGCUGGCACGGUCAUAAGGGGCGACCGAGUGGUGACGUGACUCUGGCUGCGAUGAAAGAAAGCGUAGAGCAUUAUGCUGCGCAUUUUCAUCCCAAGAUGAGUCGUUUUGUAGUGAGUACAGAGGAAUAGGGAGAAAAGAGGAGUACAGCAUCGUACACGAGACAAGCUGACCACGGGACCUGAAUAGGUGAAAGGCCAGUUCGGGAGGAGCAACACCGAACCUGCAAUUCAUAUCACCGGUACCGCGCGGGACGACCACGGGCGUGCUCUUCCUGGAGGGGGCAUUACAGGGAUUGGAGUGCCUUAUUCGCACCACAAAGUGAGUAUGCUUUGCAUCUGGCCAAUGACGAAGACUGCCCUCAUUCUCGAGAUGUCCCCACUAGGUCUACAUGAAGCCAGACAUUUCCCUUCCAAAUCCCCGGCCAAUGCUCCAAGGCCAAGUCAUCGUGCCCGAAGAGCCCCGCAGCAGAGCCAUGAUCAUGUCGACUAAAGGUAUGCGCGCAGCAACCAAAAGAGCCUGGCAGGAUAAGAUAAAACAGCACGCCGAAGAAGGGAAGCCGAAGAAGGCAGAUUUGGGCGCGCCUAGGGAAAGAAAAGGCCCGGGCAGCUCUCGAAGGUCGUCUAAGGCACCUUCUACCUCGCCCGAUCAAGAUGCUAGGACAGAGCACAACCCAUUGUCUGUCUCAGAAGAGCAUGCGAUCAAAUCUGCGCCAAUCACACGACCUUCGCCCAUUCAAGUUCCAGACUCGCCGAUCCGCACGCCUGUCCGAAGCCCCUCGUUGAGCCCAACGUUCGCCACUCUGAGUCCGCUGCGCGAAGGAAGUCUCAAAAGCGGCUCUAAGCGCACCUUUUCCACCUUUGAGCAGAUGCACAGUGACUCGCCGUUGAUCGCCGACCAUCGCGCUCUUCAUUACAGCUCUCCGCUUCAUUCCGACUUGACGUCUAUGCACGGCGGCUCACCGGACACCUUGCAUCUCGGGCCACUUACACCUCCUAGACUUUCGAGCCCAGACCACACCAACUGGAACUGGGUGUUGCAUCAUCUAUGA